AUGGGGCUCCUCUCUAAACUAUCCAAGCCGUUUCGCGGAUAUCAUCAAUUUUACGCAGUUGAUUCUUCAUCGGCCAGUGAUGAUGAACUCGAAGACAAAUACGAAGAACACAUGCUGAUGCACGAACGUCUCAAGAGAAAGGCAGUGACAACCAAGUCUCGUAUCUGGAUCCUGUGGACUAUGGCGAAUCUAAUUAUUCUUGGAUUCACUGUGUCUAUGAUCCUGACGUCUCACUGCCAGCUGUACCCGGAGAGGAAUGCAGACCUGCGACCGAUUUCAUGGUGGUCACCAAUUCUCGACGCUAUCGAGAUCCCUACCUACGAAACUACACUCAACGGAACGUUCUUUCCCAAACCAGAGGUGUCGAUUGCACGCGAAGAGCCCGGUCCGAAGAAUGACGCUGAUUGGGAGCAAUAUGAGAUCAUCCGCACGCAUAUUGUUUCGCGUGAAGAUAUCUUGAGGUUGGGGAAGGACCCUGAUACUGUGAUGCGCUUUGACGAUGAUUAUUGGGGGUUUGGCGAUGAUGCUUAUAUGGUUCAACUGGACAUCAUGCACCAGGUCCAUUGCCUGAAUGUACUGCGCAAAGCCGCAUUCCACGACUAUCCCGGAUACAUCCCGACUGGUGCUCAUUCGGAUACUAAUAACAGCCACGCGAGCAAGUGGACACAUUUGGGCCACUGUGUUGACAUACUGCUACAAAAUAUCCAGUGCAAUGCCAACACCGAGGUACUCACUUUGGCCUGGGUGGAAGAUCGCGCAGAGCCGUGGCCUGAUUUCAGUGUCAACCGCAAAUGUAGAGAUUUCGAUGCCAUAUAUAAGUGGCAGCUAGAGAACUCCGUGGAAGUUGAAAAGUUCGAUGAUAUGCCAAUUCCCAAAGAUGCUUAUGUGUGGCCUGCACCUUGGGUGAACCGGGAGUCUGAACUCGGGGAGAAAUUGGGUAAACACCACAAGCAAGAGGGGGUUCUAGGGCAAGGUGGACACCAACAUUCUGACGGACACCAUUAG